GAAGCAAAGAAAAAGAUCCUGCUAAAUUUAAUUUUAUGUAUCAAUGGAAUAUCCUUUUGGACAUCCCAACCACGGCCACCAUCACCACCGUCGCGAGAACGACGAAGAAUUUCCACCUCCCGGCCACCGACCACCGUCAUCCUACGAUGAACCCCCCCCUCCUCCUCAAGUUGGCCAUGUCUUUCAUACUUCCCAUGUAGGUGGACCACCACCAAUGGAAGCUAAUUAUGGCCGUCCUCAUUAUCCUCCGCCACCGAUGGAUGAUAGUUAUGGACGGACUAAUUAUCCACCGCCGCCAAUGGAGGAGAACUAUGGUGGAUCUUACAAUCGUCCACCGCCGAUGUCUGAUUACUAUGAGGCCCCACCACCAUCGCAACCUCAACCACCUACUUCCGGCUAUUCCUCCGUCCAACACGUGUCUCAUGAGAGUGAGAGUGUUGAUCGUCAUCAUGAUCGUCAUCGUUUUCAACCACAUGUGCCUUCAUUUUUCCACCAUCAAACUUCAGAUCCAGAGCUCAUGGAUAAACCUUCUUUUAGGGUUUAUACCAAAGCUGAUACCAAUUACUCUCUCACUAUCCGUGACGGAAAAGUAGUUCUUGCCUCUAAUGAUCCAUCAGAUCCAUUUCAACACUGGUAUAAAGAUGAGAAGUUCAGCACUAAAUGUAAGGAUGAAGAGGGAUUUCCAAGCUUUGCUCUGGUUAAUAAAGCUUCAGGACUGGCCCUGAAGCACUCUAUUGGCGCCUCUCACCCUGUGCAGCUCACCCCGUACAACCCCGAUGUUCUUGAUGCAUCAAUCUUAUGGACAGAGAGCAGGGAUGUGGGUGAUGGUUAUCGAGCAAUUAGGAUGGUCAAUAACAUUAACCUCAAUCUAGAUGCAUGGAAUGCUGAUAAGGAGCAUGGAGGUGUCCGCGAUGGGACUACUGUUGCUCUUUGGGAAUGGUGGAAAGGAGACAACAGGAAUCAACACUGGAAGAUCGUUCGCUACUGAUAACUUGGCGUGUGAAUCAUGGCUGAAAUGGGUUUGAUGCUUGAUUUUUUCUCUUUCUUCAUGUGGCUUGUUAUGUAUUUUGUACUGUAAUGUAUCUCCCUCGAAAACAGUAAAAAGUAGAAUGAAAAUAAGAGGGGUAAUGGUGUUGUACCAAAUAAAAGCUUGUACUUUUUUGUGGGAGAUGUCAUGUGUGUUCAACUUGUACUUUUUUAUUUGGUGUUAUACCAAAUAAAAGCUUGUUGGUAUGUAAAACCCUGGAUGAAUUUGAUGUUUCAAUGUCUAAAUACAUAUUUAUGUGA